UGGCCAAGGUUGGGAAAGAUACUUUUCUGAAAGUGUUGGGAGGAGGUGUUGCAGGUGCGCAAAGAUCAGGAAGGGAUUAUGCUUCCACACAUAAGAGCCAGACAGCAGUUAAAGCAACAAAUUCGAAGCAAACAACAAGAAGACAACAGCAACCCGGGUUCAUCUUCCUCCUUAUCUGAAUAUGUCUUGUCGUAUGUGGACACUUUGCUGGAUCUGCAACUGCCGGAAGAGGAGAGUAAGCUUAACGAAGGAGAGAUGGUUAGUUUGUGCGCGGAGUUUCUCAGUGGCGGGACUGAAACUACAUCCACUGCACUGCAGUGGAUCAUGGCAAACCUGGUGAAGCACCCGCAUAUUCAAUCCAAGAUUUUUGAGGAGAUUAGUGGAGUUGUGGAGGAAGGAAGACAGGAGGUGAGGGAGGAAGAUUUGCAGAAGAUGCCAUACUUGAAGGCGGUGAUACUGGAAUGCCUGAGGCGUCAUCCUCCGUUGCACUUUCUGUUGCCUCAUUCAGUGACCCGAGAUGUGACCUUGGGAGGGUUUGUGAUACCAAAAGACACUGUAGUGAAUUUCAUGGUAGCAGACGUAGGUUGGAACCCAAGGACUUGGGAAGACCCAGUGGCAUACAAACCGGAGAGGUUCAUGAACAAGGAAGGCAAUGGAGUGGAAGCAUUUGAUGUAACUGGGAGGAAGGAGAUCAAAAUGAUUCCAUUUGGUGCUGGAAGGAGAAUUUGUCCAGAGUAUGACCUAGCCAUUUUCCAUUUGGAGUACUUUGUAGCCAAUUUGGUGUUAAAUUUUGAAAGGAGAGCUGUGGAUGGGGAGGAAGUUGAUCUAUCAGAGAAGCAGGAGUUGACAAUAGUGAUGAAGAACCCCUUGCAGGUUCACUUAUCUCCUAGAUGGAAGUAAGAUUAAAGUAGGUUUAUUGUUAUUGACAUGAAUGUGACAAGAACUUUGAAUGUGAAAAUGAUGGAAUCACUAUAAUUAAUGUAUGGUUUUUGAGCA